AUGGAGGAGGCCGAUGCAGAGGGGGAAGGGCCCAUGGCGGUCAGAGAGGGGUCCAGCGGUCACGGCCUUCCGGCGGACUCCAGCACCACCACCACCACCACCACCAACCUCCUGGCUUCUGUCAAAGAGCAGGAGCUGCAGUUUGAGCGGCUGACUCGGGAGCUGGAGGAGGAGCGGCAGAUUGUGGCAAGCCAGCUGGAGAGGUGCAUGCUGGGAGCCGAGUCACCGGGGGGAGACAGCAGCAGCUCAUCGGAGAAGUCGUUUGCAUGGAGAUCUGCAGGUGGAGAGUCUCAGGGCGGAGCCAUGGAGGCGUCCGGAUGUCCUGGUCGUCACCUGGAGGCUGAGGACGGACUCUACCUGCCUGAGCCGGACCGGGCCUCCCUGCAUGACAGUGAGGGCUCCGGGGGUCACUCGGCCCAGAUGACCUCGUAUUCGGACAGCGGCUACCAGGACAGCAGCGUUAGUUAUUACAGCAACCAGAACGUGGUGCGAUCGGAGCCCCGAGCCUCGUUGUCGAGAAGCCCGAGAGCAGAGGGUCAAGCCUCCGGUCAGCCGUCCAGCCGGGUGUUGCGGCGGAUGGCGUCCCUCCCCUCCAGGAGCCAGUCUCCCGGCUGUGGCACCGCCGGCACCGUCUCACCUUCCCGAAUCUCCCUGCGGACGUCCCAAGGCAGCACCUAUGACUCUCCCAUCCUGUCCGAGCCCAAACCGCUGGCUGCUGUGUUCCCCGGCACCACCAUGCCACCCUCCUGCCCGUCGCCGACCUCCCCGACUGAUGGCACCCAGGCCCUGGGCGGUGGUGGCGGAGGUGGAGGAGGGGGCGGGCUCGGAGGCGGUGGCCGGUUAGGCUCCACCCUCUCCCUGAUCGAGGGGCGGGGCUUGACGGGGUCGCCGCUGCGUUCGGGGAUGACGGCAGUGCCACAGCACUACGGAUCCACGCUGCCCAGACAGAGCCAGCCGCUGGCCUACGGAGCCGAUCCGUAUGGGCUGUACCAGAGGAGCGCUCUGCCCCGACCCGACAGCCUCAUAGGACUUCACAGCUCGUACGCCGGUCAUGGAGGCCAGAUAGACCCGGAGCUGAGGGCGGCGUUGUCUCCCGACUGCCACAUGACGCCGGUGUUCGACGAGCGCUCCUUCCACAGCCCCCUGUACCACAGCCCCACCCACGACCCCCAGGGCUCCCUCUACAGGGCAAACACAGGUAUGGGGACCCUCCCUCGGACCACAAGCCAUUGCGGCACGCUGCCGUACCAAAGAAGCAGCUACGGGCUGAGCUCUGCAGCGGUGUACGUCGACUCCUUCAGGGUCUCCGGUGAGCCCGGCUUCUCCCACCGCCACUCUGGGCUGGUGGACCGGGUCGUCACUCGAACCCCGUCCAUCGAGAGCAUCCACAAGGACCCCAGGGAGUUUGCUUGGCGCGACCCCGAGCUGCCGGAGGUCAUCCACAUGCUGCAGCACCACUUCCCCUCCGUCCAGGCCAACGCCGCCGCCUACCUGCAGCACCUGUGCUACGGAGACAACAGGGUCAAGGUGGAGGUGUGUCACCUGGGGGGCAUCCAGCACCUGGUGGACCUGCUGGACCACAAGGUGGCCGAGGUCCAGAAGAGCGCCUGCGGGGCCCUGAGGAACCUGGUGUACGGGAAGGCCACCGACAACAACAAGGUGGCGCUGAGGAACUGCGGCGGCGUCCCGGCUCUGCUGCGCCUCCUCAGGAAGACGACCGACAACGAAGUCCGCGAGCUGGUCACCGGCGUCCUGUGGAACUUGUCCUCGUGCGACGCCGUGAAGAUGACCAUCAUCCGCGACGCGUUGUCCACGCUGACCAACACCGUCGUCAUCCCGCACUCGGGCUGGAGCACCGUGUCCCACCGCGACGAGCACAAGGUCAAGUUUCAGUCGUCGCUGCUGCUGCGCAACACCACCGGCUGUCUGAGGAACCUGAGCUCGGCCGGCGAGGAGGCCCGGAGUCAGCUGAGAUGCUGCGAAGGUCUGGUGGACUCGCUGCUGCACGUCCUCAAAGCCUGCGUCAACACGUCCGACUACGACAGCAAGAUCGUGGAGAACAGCGUCUGCACCCUGAGGAACCUCUCGUACCGCCUGGAGGUGGAGAUGCCCUCCUCCCGUCUCCUCGGCAACCAGGAGCUGGACACGCUGCUGGGCUUCUCGUCGCCGGCCAAAGAGCUCGACUACCUCUGCUGGGGCAAGAGGCGGCGGGGCAGGAAGAGGGGCGGCUGGCCCGACAGCAAGUGGGACGGCGUCGGUCCGAUCCCGGGCUUCUCUCAGUCCCUGCGUGGCGCCGAGCUGCUGUGGCAUCCCAUGGUGGUGAAGCCGUACCUCAACCUGCUGGCCGAGAGCUCCAACCCGGCCACGCUGGAGGGAGCCGCCGGGUCGCUGCAGAACCUCUCCGCCGGGAACUGGAAGUUCUCGGCCUACAUCCGAGCGGCGGUGCGUAAGGAGAAAGGUCUGCCCAUCCUGGUGGAGCUGCUGAGGAUGGACAACGACCGGGUGGUUUGUUCUGUCGCCACGGCGCUGAGGAACAUGGCGCUGGACGGACGCAACAAGGAGCUGAUAGGAAAGUACGCCAUGAGGGACCUGGUGAACCGGCUGCCCGGCGGCAGUCCGUCGGUGCUGUCGGACGACACAGUGGCGUCGGUCUGCUGCACGCUGCACGAGGUCACCAGCCGCAACAUGGAGAACGCCAAAGCUUUAGCCGACAGCGGCGGCAUCGAGAAGCUGGUGGACAUCAGCAAAGGGCGAGGGAAGGGAUACUCUAUGAAGGUUGUGAAGGCGGCAGCUCAGGUGCUGAACACACUGUGGCAGUACAGAGAGCUGAGGAGCCUCUACAAGCAGGACGGAUGGAACUACACCCACUUCGUCACGCCCGUCUCCACGCUGGAACGCGACCGCUACCGCUCCCAGCCGACGCUGCCCACCAGCCCGCUGCAGAUGUCCCCCGUCAUCCAAUCAGGCGGCAGCGCGACGUCCUCGCCGGCGAUGCUCGGCAUCCGACGCCACAGCUCCAACUACCAGCGGGCGCAGUCAUCUAUGCAACUCGACACGUAUUACGGAGACAACAGUUUACACAAACGGCAGUACACAGGGUCUGAGAAGAAAACCCCGUAUUUCAUUGGGACGUAUUCCUCCCAGUCAGGAGAGGACUUGAGAAGAUCCCAGCACCCAGAGCCAUUCUACGACGAGCCCGACAGGAAGAACUUCAACAGCUACCGAAUGUACCUGUCGUCCCCACAAGGCUACGGCGAGGAGCCCUACGAGGACGAGCCGGUGCAGCUGACGCCGUCGUCGCCCGACGCCUACGCCGGCCAGUCGCUGCGGUUCAAAGCCAACACCAACUACGUGGACUUCUACUCGACCACGCGGAGGCCUUCAAACCGGGCCAACAAGUUCACCGGCUCCCCCGACUCGUGGGUCUGA